AUCAGGGCCAUAGUGGGAGUUGGUCCUGUAGCUUCAGAUAUUGGCAAACAUUUAUUCGUCACGAUCAUAUACGGCUUAAUUGACUAAAAUAUUCCCAUCAGAAUCCGCUGAUCAAAAUGAAUUCAUUCCGAGUCUUACAAGUAGCAAGGCCAAUGGCCUCAAAAUUCGUGGCUCCCGCAUUACCACGUCUGGUCCGAAUGUACUCUACAGAGCUUCCAAGCUAUCAAUUCGUACAGGUAUCGACGCCGAAGAAGGGUGUUGGUCUAAUUACCCUCAACCGCCCUAGAGCCCUUAACGCCCUCAACACCCCCCUCUUCCUCGAGCUCAACGAUGCCCUCCGCCGCCUCGACUCCGACAAGUCCAUCGGCGCCCUCGUCCUCACCGGCUCCCACAAAGCAUUCGCAGCCGGCGCCGACAUCAAAGAAAUGAAAGACCUCACCUUCUCCACCGCCUAUGCCACCGACUUCAUCGAACUCUGGUCCACCAUGUCCCACGCCAUCAAGAAACCCGUCAUCGCCGCCGUCAACGGCUACGCCCUCGGUGGCGGCUGUGAGCUCGCCAUGAUGGCCGACAUCCUCUACUGUAGCGCCUCCGCCACCUUCGGCCAGCCGGAGAUCAAGCUCGGCGUGAUCCCCGGCGCCGGCGGCUCCCAGCGCCUGACCAAGACCAUCGGCAAGGCGCGCGCCAUGCACUACGUGCUGACGGGGGACACGUGGAGCGGGGUGGAGGCGGAGCGGUGGGGGCUGGCGGCGAAGGUGUUUGAAGGCCCGGAGGAGUGCGUGGAGGGGGCGUUGGGCGCGGCGGAGAAGAUCGCGGGGUAUAGUCAGAUUGCGGUGAAGGCGGGGAAGGAGGUGGUGAAUAAGAGUCAGGAUUUGGGGAUUCGGGAGGGCGUGGAGUUCGAGCGAAGAGUGUUCCACGGGUUGUUUGGCAGCCAGGAUCAGAAGAUUGGAAUGACGGCGUUUUCGGAGAAGAAGAAGCCGGAGUGGACUAACGCAUAGAUGUUCGAUUGAAUGAAUCGAUGUAAUGCCCUGAAACGGCUCGCGAAACUUGGGCCCUUGGAUUGUGAUUCAUGUUUGUCUCUUGUACAUCAGGCCUGUCUGUGCAUAGCAUCAGUGUAUAAACUCUGUUUCCAAAGCCAGCCUCCACCUCGAGCAUCCUAAUACCAAGCAGUUUAACAUCACGAGUGCCAAUAGCUAUCCAGGCGAGUGUCCCUCAUGAAUUAGACGUCCGACGGGACUUCCUCUCCUUGGUUGCCUCCGUCGCGGUACUGUCGCCGAACUUCGCAGGAUAGCAGCCGUAUUCCAUCGGUAUUAGCAUUACUGCCAGCCGCUCAGCCGUUACGUGACUCGCUUUUCCGAAGGUUGAGGCGAAUUGGCCAUAACAUCGCAGAGUUUCGGGGAAGCCAUCAAGGCGCUCUCUCCUGCGUUCUCACCUCCCACGUGUGCAAAAAAGAGCGAUAGACGAAAAGAUAAUUAUGAUGCCUUGA